UCAAUGCCAUAUUUUCAAUGUUACCCUGUUGUUUUGCAGGUGUUUACCUGCUUUCUGUUAGCGGCAGUUUGGGCAGAGGUGCAAGAGAGUUUUUCACCAGAAUGCCGGGAAUUUCUGUACAUGGGUACGCCGCCGCGAGGACUUGAACACCCGUCACUAAAGAAGAUCUGUCAGCGCUACAAUGGCAAGGCACGUUAUGUUACCCUCUACGAUGUUGUGGAUCACAUCCCAAUUUAUUCUGCGUACACUUUCAAGCGCUCUGAUGGCUCAAAGAAGGUCGAUAUCCCCUGGAUGUAUGAACCGCAGCUUUCCUCAGUGUCUGACCCUGGGGACAUGCAGCCUUUUCCUCAGGACCACUUACAUCGUAGUUUUGAGGAUGCCCAGGCUAUUUUGGAGGACUACUCUGACACCGUGUACUUCGAGCGAGGCCACUUGAACCCCGAUGAGCAUCAGGCUAACCCUGACGACAAAGCCGCUACGUACACCCUCACGAACGUGGUCCCCCAGAUACGAGAGUUCAAUAUCGGGUCUUGGAAACAACACGAGCACACAAUCCGCCGUCGCCUUAACAACUACUGCCGCGGAACGGCUUACAUCGUCACUGGUGUCACCACUUCUGGAGGCAUGAUCCGCAGACAUAACAUCAAACGCGUAGCUAUUCCCACGUAUCUGUGGUCUGCUUACUGUUGCGUAGAUUUCGAUCAUAACGCGCCCCCUGGGGAACGUAGUAGAUUUCCGGCCUUUGCUUCUUAUGGGCUUAAUGCUAAAGAGAGGUCAGAUGUGAUAGAGAUGUCAGUACAGGAUCUUGAAGACUUCCUAAAGAAAGUCACUUACGUUGACAAGUCCUUCCAGAUAUUCUAUCAAAACUGUGAGCCAAAUGACUCCGUUAUGGUCGGUCUUAAAUAAUCCGUCUGCUUUGCUGCCAAAAUAAAUAUACUCAAGUCGAAAGGCAUAUAUUAACAACUCAUGUAUUUGAUUCAUUGACUUUCAAAAUGCUAAAUGUUGGUAUUAUGGUGGGGGUAAUGUGUUAUUUUUGUGUUUUAUAAACCGGGGAACUUUGUGAAUGUUUACUUUAAUGUGAAUAAGUUGGCAGGACCUAAAGGAA